AUGGCAGGCCCGGCGCCUCAGCGCGAGCGCCACGAGCGCCUGGACGCGAUCGGGGAAAUGCGCGCUCCGGGCGAGGGCGUCGGCGACGAGCGCCAACAACUCCCCCGCCAGCGCCUUCCGCGGCUCCGCCAGCGCGCGGCCGGCGAGCAGCCCCUGCAGGCUCUCCAGAAGCGACCGGUGCAGCCCGCGCUGGAGCUGGGCGCUGAGCUCCGGGCCAAUCCCCGGGAUCGCCGAAAAGCCCGCGGAGUGCUGAGUCAGCGACCCCACCAACUCCUUCACCCGCACGAGGUCCCCUGCCUUACAAACCAGCUGGCGGAGGCGCUCCCCUUGCCAUCGGGCCCAGACCGACGGCGAGGCCGCGUUGAUCGGGCGGGCCGGGUCGUCCAAAAUCCCCAGCGCGGCCCGCCAACCCCCGCGAACCUCCAGCCACGCGCAGCGCAGAAGUAA